AUGACCACUGACGCUAUUCCCACUGAGUCGUACGUCUUCCAAGGUACCAUCAACAAGAAACCACCACAUGUCAUCAAAGGCAAGGGUGUCCGCAUGGACAUCGAGAAAGACGGCAAGGUUUACGAAGACAUCCUAGACGGUGUCACUGGUGCUGCUGUGGGCGCACUAGGCUGGGGAGACGAGGAAAUCCUACCCAUCAUCGAACGGGCCGCCAAGAACCAUACCUACUCUUUCCCCUCAAUUGUCGGUAAUCAAGCGUCCGAGGACUUGGCCAAGUUUUACAUCGAAAAUUCGCCCGAGGGCGUAUUUGCCGCUGCUUUGUGGUGUUGCUCGGGCUCCGAGAGUAACGAAAAUGCCAUGAAGAUCAUCAGACAGUACCAAAUCGAACGCGGGUGCCCUGAAAAGACGAAGAUCAUCUCCAGAGACAUCUCGUAUCACGGUUUCACUCUAGGUGCGCUUUCCAUUUCCCACUGUGGUCGUGCGGAUCUGUUCAAAGAAAUCUCCAUCGACCAGACCAACACCUGUUUGAAAAUGCCUGUUUGCUACCCAUACCGUUACCAACGCAAGGGCGAGACCGAGGAACAAUACUCUCAGCGUUUGUUAGAUGCUUUGGAGAAGAUUAUUCUGGACAACGACCCUAAGACGGUUUCUUGCGUCUUGGUUGAGACUUUACCGGGUUCUUCCUUGGGAACCGCUCCUUCUCCAAAGGGUUACUUGUCAGGGAUCCGUGCUUUGUGCAACAAAUACGAUGUUAUCUUUAUGUUGGACGAAGUUAUGUGCGGUACCGGAAGAUGCAACUCCAAAGGUAAAUUGAACUGUUGGGAAAGUUUUAUUGGACCUGAGGAUGCCCCAGAUAUUCAAACUGUGGGUAAGACUUUGGGUUCAGGCUAUGUGACCAUUGCCGGUGUCUUGGUGGGCCCAAAGAUUAGAGAUGCCUAUGUCAAGGGCUCUAACUCGGUCUUUGGAUCCCACACUUACGCUUCCCACGGUUUCAACUGUGAAGUUGCCUUGGGAGUACAAAAGAAGAUCAUGAAGAACAACUUAACAGCAAACAUCUUUGAGAUGGGUAACUUAAUGGGAUCCAAAUUGCAAGACGCUCUACUCAAGGAAGACAACAUUGUUGGCGACGUUAGAGGUAUUGGUGGUUUCUGGUCUUUGGAAUUCGUUAAGGACAAGGACACCAAAGAGGUCUUCCCUGUUGAACUUGACAUUGGCCAUCGUUUCCAAGCUGUCUGCUUCGACAACAAACUCAGUGUCAUGGGUAUGCAAGGUAACGCAGACGGUGUAUCCGGUGACAUUACUCUGUUGGCGCCAGCGUUCAUUAUCACAGCCGAAGACGUUGAUGCUAUUGUUGAAAAGGUGAUCAAAUCGGUUGAGCAAUUGUCCCAAGAGCUCAGGGCCGAAGGUGUCUGGUGA